AUGGUCAACCAGGCACCAAAGUCGUUGCUCUCCAGACCCUUGGAUAUGGUCUUUUUCGGCUACUUUGCUAUGCACGUUCCUGUUACAGUCCUCGUCGACAUGCAACCUUUCUAUCCUCAACACCUUGUUCCUCAAGUUUUAAAGGACGUUGUUACUGGCUAUGCCGAUACCUACAAAGACCCUCUUGUUGCAUCCCCGGUCCUACUCCCUUGGUUUGACAGCUUCCUUUAUUGUGAAAUCCUCUUGCAAUUGCCCUUCUUUUUCAUCGCUCUCUACGGUCUAUGGAAAGAUGCACAAUUCGUUCGCCUUCCUUUGUUAGUUUAUGGCACUCAUGUCGCAACCACGGUUAUCCCUUGCCUUGCUGAAUUGUUCUUUGGAAGCUCUUCUUUGACAUUCGAUGAACGUUUGACGAUCAGUGGAUUCUAUUUCCCCUACUUUAUUAUCCCUCUGGUGAUCCUCAUUGACUCUUAUCGCCGUGUAUCCGCUGCUCUCUCCACCAAGUCCACCUUAAAGAAGGAGUAA